GCUGUUCACCAUUGUUGUGAUUAAUUUUCAUUAAAGAAACUCCAAUUUAAUUUAUAAGUUUCCACUUAAAGAAAACAAAAUGCGACGACGCGUGGGCCUGGGAGCCAUCCAGCAGCAGAAGCUGGCCGCGGAGAAGUACAAGGACAAGGGCACCGACCUGCAGGAAAACCAGCUCGAGCAGAUGACUAAGCAAAUGGAGGUUUUCCGCGUAAAACUCGAGGAAUUCGCGAUGAAGCACAAGGAGGACAUCCGCAAGAACUCGCAGUUCCGCAAACAGUUUCAGGAAAUGUGCGCCGCCAUCGGCGUGGAUCCCCUGGCCUCCGGCAAGGGCUUCUGGAGCGUGCUGGGCAUGGGCGAUUUCUACUACGAACUGGGCGUCCAGGUGGUGGAGGUUUGCCUGGCCGCCAAUCACAAGACCGGUGGCCUCAUGGAGCUGGACGAGCUGCGACGACGCCUCAUCGCCGCCAGGGGUCAGAGCUCAGUGCACCAGGAGAUCACCAAGGAGGACAUCCUCAUGGCCGCCAAGAAACUGACCAUUUUUGGAAAUGGUUUUGUGGUGCACAAGCUGGGAAAGGGCAAGUACAUAGUUCAGUCUAUUCCCGGAGAGCUGAGCAUGGAGGAGACCAACAUCCUGAACGCAGCAUCCAAUACGGAACAAGGAUGUGUUACGCAAAGUCAGCUGAUGAACGAUUUGGGUUGGACCGAAUAUCGCACCCAGCAGUCCCUGGACAAGGUGCUCGGCGAGGGCCUCUGCUGGAUUGACAAGCAGGCGGAGGAUGAGCCCGCCUACUGGUUUCCCAGCUUGUUUCCCGGUCGCAAUGCACAGACCACAGCCGCCACGUAGUGAUCUCAUAAAACUAAUUUAAUAUGUACAAUAGUAAGCAUAAAAUAUAUCUUUGUACAACUGUAAAAUAAGCGACCAGGUCUACUGAGGCUGCCUGGAGCCGUCUCCAGCGGCGCCGCUCUUCAGCAAUUGGUUGUCCGCCAGCAGCUCGGAGUUCUCCUUGCGCAGGUUGUAAAUGACCGCUUCGAAGCGCUGCGUGAUGUCGUCCAUCGCCGCGCGGUAGCUGGACUUCAUCUGCUUGUGGGUCACCAGGAAGUGUUCCAUUUCAGCCUCGUAUUGCCUUUUCCUACAAGAGUUUAACAUUUUUAUGAGAUGUAUUUGUAAUUGUCCUAAACCACUACAUAUGAUUUAAUAUAGUUUGUAUUAAAUGCUUCUAUAAAUAUGCUAUAAAUA